UCAGCUUUGCCACUUGCUAUGUGAUCAUGAGAAGUGUGACCACAUCUGGCAUUCAGCAAGUGCCACGUAGGUACCACCCUUGCUGUUCAUAGUUAUUCAAACACACUGAGAGCUGUCCAACCUCAGGGGCUUUAUACGUGCUGUUCCCUCUUUCUAGAAUGUUCUCCAGAUUUUCCAAUGGCUUUGACCCUUCAUUCAACUCUCUACUCCAAUGCCCACUCUCCGGCAAGUCCUUAGCUGACUACUCCACUUGAAAUGAUGCCUCCUUUCCACCUUUAAUCCCGUUUCCUGGCUUUGCCAUUUUAUGACAUUUGUCACCACCUGAAGUUAUCGUACACUUACUUAUCAUCCACCUGUUCCUACUGGAAUGUCAAGUGCUUAGCAACACCAUUGACUUGCCAGCCCAAAGAACACGGCCUGGCCUGUCGUGAUGUCAGAUAGAUCAAUCUGAAUGGACAGAUGGCUGGAUGCAUGAUGGAUGGAUGGUGGGCUGUCUGCCAUCCGUCUUGCCCCUGUGUGCCUGUGUGUCUAUGCUGGGCGGCCUGCUCUUCGGCUAUGAACUGGCGGUCAUAUCGGGUGCCCUGCUGCCCCUGCGCCGUGACUUUGGGCUGAACUGCUCAGAGCAGGAGCUCCUGGUGGGCAGCCUGCUGCUCGGCGCUCUCCUCGCCUCCCUGGUCGGGGGAUUCCUCAUUGACCGCCAUGGCAGGAAACAGGCCAUCCUGGGGGCCAACCUGGUGCUGCUGGUGGGCAGCCUGAGCCUAGGUCUGGCGAGCUCCCUGGCCUGCCUGGUCCUGGGCCGCUUGGCAGUUGGCUUCGCCAUCUCCUUGUCCUCCAUGGCCUGCUGUAUAUACGUGUCCGAGCUGGUGGGGCCACGGCAGCGGGGAGUGCUGGUGUCCCUCUACGAGGCCGGCAUCACCACAGGCAUCCUGCUCUCCUACGCCCUCAGCUACGCGCUGGCCGGGGCCCCCUGGGGGUGGAGGCGCAUGUUCGGCUGGGCAGUGGCACCUGCUGUCCUGCAGUCCUGCAGCCUCCUCUUCCUCCCUGCUGCUGCCACCGACGAGACCACGGCUCACAGAGCCCUCAUCCCACUCCAGGGCAGCGAGGCCACCAAGCCGAGUCUGGGGAAGCCUCGCUACUCCUUUCUGGACCUCUUCAGGGCUCGGGAUAACAUGCGGGGCCGGACCAUCGUGGGGCUGGGGCUGGUGCUCCUCCAGCAGCUGACGGGCCAGCCCAACGUGCUGUACUACGCCUCCACCAUCUUCCACUCGGUCGGCUUCCGCGCGGGGUCCUCUGCUAUGCUGGCCUCCAUGGGGCUGGGCGUGGUGAAGGUGGCAGCCACCCUGGCUGCCAUGGCGCUGGUGGACCGUGUGGGCCGCAGGACUCUGCUGCUCGCCGGCUGUGCCCUCAUGGCCCUGUCGGUCAGCGGCAUAGGCUUCGUCAGCUUUGCCGUGCCCAUGGCCUCGGGCCCGAGCUGCCUGGCCACACCCAAUGCCACCAGGCACACCGGCCUCCCUGGAGACCCUGGCCUGCUACAGGGUUCAGCUCCACCUCCAAUACCAGGAACCAAGGAGAAAGAAAAGGAGGCCGUGCUGUUAGCCACUAAGAAAAUCAAGCUCCGGCCCAGCGCCGAAGAUUCCACAGCCCCGCCCCCGCCAGCCCUGGGCUCCACCUCCCCAGGACCCCCCACCCCUGUCCCCGGGAGUGCCCUGCUGCGCUGGGCCACGCUGCUCUGCCUGAUGGCCUUCGUGAGUGCCUUCUCCUUUGGAUUUGGACCUGUGACCUGGCUGGUGCUCAGCGAGAUCUACCCUGUGCAGAUCCGAGGGAGAGCCUUCGCCUUCUGCAAUAGCUUCAACUGGGGCUCCAACCUCCUCACCAGCCUCUCCUUCCUCCACCUCAUCGGUGCCAUCGGCCUGUCCUGGACCUUCCUGCUCUAUGGACUGACAGCUGUCCUCGGCCUGGGCUUCAUCUACGCGUUUGUGCCGGAGACCAAAGGCCAGACGUUGGCGGAGAUAGACCAGCAGUUCCAGAAGAGGAGUUUCUCCCUGAGCUCUGGCCGCAGGCAGAACACCGCUGGUGUCCAGUACAGCCGCAUUGAGGCCUGUGCAGCCUCCUGAGGAGCCCACCUGCCCGGACCCGGGAGCCCACCCCUAGCCUGCCACCUGCUGUGACCCGGAGCAUGAGAUCCACGGGGUCCCCGGAGAGUCGCCCCUGCCCCACUGGAGCUACUUCGGCUGGGAUGACAGGAAGAAAGUCAGAGAACCCCAGACUUCCCUUUGGUCUCAGGCUCUGAGGGUUCCUGAGGACCUAACUUCCUGCCUCAGUUUCCCGGUGCUCUUUGCACAGCGCUGCAGUAUUUGGAAUGGGAACAUCCCAGGGAGCCAUUGGUUCCACAAAGACCCUGGCAGGAGCCCUCUCCCGGCAUCACGCUGGCAACACCUCCGCUGCGGCCUGGCUGGGACACUUUGGCCCAGGGCAGCCUGCAUUUUGCUUCUUAGGUCUCGGUUUGUUCCAUGCCUCACAUUUCUUCCCGGGAACAUUUAUCAGUCAGCCGACAGGAGACCCAAGUGCUGGUCCCGGUUCCACACAGGGCUGUCCCUGCUGUGUGGCCAGGGGCCUCAGUUUCCCCGUACAUAUAAUGGGAGGACAGGACCAGGUUUUUAUUAGGACAUCUGCUGACUCCCGUGAGCUAGAAUUACAAACGCUAGGAACCCAACGCGAGCUCUCGAGGGCCCGGCCCUCGGGGGUCCCCUCCUGGGGGUCUUAGUUCAUAGGAAAGGAAAGCAGGGUCCUAGAGUUGUGCACACGGAGCCCCGCGAGCUGUCCCAGUGCACGGACAAGCAUCAGGAGCUGUUUCCAGGACGGUGCAGGCACGCCUGGAUGUCAGCGUUGCCUCUCCCUCCCCGGGCUUCAGUCCAGUUCAGACUGGGAUAGUUAUGCCCCUGAGGGGCUACCUAACCCCCGUGUCCCUCCAGGAAGAGGGUCGGCCGUUCCGCUCAGCUGGCCAGGGCCUCUGGGAUUUCUGUUCACCCCUGUUCCCAGCACCCCACCUUUGGGAUGUCCACUGCCUCUCCCUCGCCCCGUCCACCUGCCAUCGUGCGGCCCUGUCCUGGGGACCAUGGGGCUGCCGCUGUGUGGGGCCCAGGGCCUUAGGAGGAGACCAAGUCAUAAGAGGAAUUCAGGCUGCUCCCUGGAGCCCGGGUUCACUCUCGGCGCAGCGAUCGGUCCCUGCGAGAGCGGACUGCUGCAGAGCCGGUCCGGCCCUUGUGUCUUCCGCCCUCACUUGCUUGCCCUACACGCCUUCCCCAGGAGCCACGGACCAGGCAGCGUGAGGCCUCUGCCAGAUGCGGGCCCCGACCUUGGACUUCUGGUCCCCAGGACUGUAAGCCAAAUAAACGUCUUUCCUUUAA